GCGAGCCAGCCUGUUGAGGCGUGUCCUACAAGAGGAGGCGGGCGGGAGGCUUCGCAAUACCCAAUUGGAGCAGAGAGUCGAAGCGAGUCGCCGCGUCGUUGGUCGAGGGCUGAGUUCGGGGUCCCGCUUUCGAGGGAAGGCUGUUGUGGUCUCUGUGAUUCCGGGUUCCGGUGGUCCAAAGUUGCGGGGAUCCCCUCCCCUUCCCAGCCCUUUCUGGCCUCCGGUUUAAGGGGUGGGGCCAGGAAAAUGAAUUUGGUGUCGAGAGCAGAGUUUUCUGUUGAGAAAACCAAGAGAAAGAAAAGAAGAGAAUUAACUGAAGAACAGAAGCAAGAGAUAAAAGAUGCUUUUGAGUUGUUUGACACAGAUAAAGACAAAGCAAUAGAUUAUCAUGAACUAAAGGUGGCAAUGAGAGCGCUAGGUUUUGAUGUAAAAAAAGCAGAUGUACUAAAGAUACUUAAAGAUUAUGAUCGGGAAGGAAGUGGGAAAAUCACCUUUGAAGAUUUUAAUGAAGUUGUGACAGACUGGAUACUUGACAGAGAUCCACAUGAAGAAAUACUCAAGGCAUUUAAAUUGUUUGAUGAUGACGAUUCAGGUAAAAUAAGCUUAAGAAACCUUCGCCGUGUAGCUAGAGAACUCGGAGAGAACAUGACUGAUGAAGAACUUCGGGCAAUGAUUGAAGAAUUUGAUAAAGAUGGUGAUGGAGAAAUCAAUCAGGAAGAGUUUAUUGCUAUCAUGACUGGAGAUGUUUAACCUUACAAGAAAAGAAGUGAACUUGGCACAAAAAAGGAAGGAUUAUUGGCUUUCAGCAAUGAAGCUGCCACCUUUCUGUUUCAGUUAAUUUGUGUAGCAGGAACCAUGCAAAAAUUAUUAUUCCUCGAAGGACCAAAAGAAACAGAAAAGAUAUGUAUUCAGAGGUUGAUAUUUUAUAUCAUUAAAUUUUAGAAUAACAGUGUUAUGUUUGAGUACUCAUUUGUAAAAUAGCUUUGUAUAAGAAUUUUAAAUUAAAUCAUAGUAUAAAACCUUUUGAAGUGGACAUUAUUUUAGCAUUAGCUGUGGCCUUAGUUUUUAUAUAAG